AUGGUCUUCCUGCUGGGCUUCCCGGGAAGUUUCAUUGUUGUUUGUGUUUAUAUCUUCAAGAUGAGACGAAAGAUCAGCACCAUAAUCAGGCUGAACCUGGCCCUCACAGAUCUGCUCUACCUCACUGCCCUUCCCUUCCUGACGCACUACUGUGCUACUGGGGAACACUCAAUUUUUGGUGAAUUCAUGUGCAAGUUCACCUGCUUCAUCUUCCCCUUAAAUUGCAGCAGCAUCUUCUUCCUCACCUGCUUCAGUGCCUUCAUAGUGAUGUUUGACACAAUGAAGUUCUUUCACAUCCAGAGGAAGUGGUGGACAGCAAUGGCUUGGUUAAUGGCACUGGGAGCUGUCAGCCCUGUCAACUUCUUGAUCUCUUCCAAAGGGACACGAAACUUAAGGUCUUCAUGCCUCAACCUGACCAGCUCUGCAAACCUGGGCACAAUCAAGUGGCUGCUGACCAGCCUGGCCUUCUUCCUGCCCUUGCUGACAGUGGCUCUGUCCUGUGUACUCAUCAUUUGCACCUUGGCCACUGGCCCCACACAAGCUUGCUGCAAAAAAAAGGCUCUAAGACUUGCUGUUGUCCUCUUGGUGGUGUUCCAUGUGUACUUCCUUCCCUUCCAUAUCUUUUGGGUGGCUCUCUUGCCCAAGCUUGGACGAAAAACUUUCCCAACAAUAUUAGAACUUUUAUGUGUCUCUCAGCCACCAGCUGCACUCAGUACAUGUGGCAACAUAUUGCUUUAUAUUGUGGUGGGGGACAACUUCCAGCAAGCCAUGCUCUCUCCUUCAAGAUCUAAGUGGAGCAAAUACAUCCAGGAGCAAAAACUAUAUGAGCAAGUCAGCUUAAAGUUGUGGAGUCCCUUGAAGUAA